UGUCACACUUUGUUAUGCUUUGUUAUUUGUUAUGAAAACUUGUUGAAACGUGUUUAAUAAGUAUCUCUCUUACCGGAUAAUUAAAAAAUACAUAAUAUAAAAAAUAUUUACUGUAUCAAAAUGCCACGAAAAGGUCUAAAAGAAACCGUGGUUUUUGUAACCAAUGUGGGUGUCAAUGUUGACGGCGAACAUGAUAUGAAUUUUUUAGAAAAUGCUAAGAUUGCCAUGGAACGUAUUAUUGAAAAAAAAAUUUUUGUAAGACCCAAGGACGAAGUCGGCGUAAUACUAAUGGGUGUUGAAGAUGGUAAUAAUUCAUUAGAAUUGAAUCUUAUUGAUAACUAUAUUAAUGUCCAAAUGCCGUCAUUUGAUAUGAUUGAAAAAAUACGUGAGAUUAAGCCUCAAGAUAUAGAAUUUAAAAAUUGGAUUUCUGGAUUGCAAGCUGCUCUCAAAAUGAUUUCAGACCAAGUUGAAGGCUUGAAUCGUAUUACGAUUAUUUUAAUAACAGAUUGUUAUCCAACAAAUCCGUUUGGUAAUUCUGCUAAAGACAGUCUAAUACAAGACAUAACAAAAAAAGAAAUUAACUUUUUGUGGCUCGGAAGCAAAGAUUUAAAAAAUUUAGAAGACGAGAAAUUGAAUGUAAAUGAGCGUAUGCUUUUUGACUUAACUCAAAAGGUUGAAGGAGAAUAUAUGUCCUUAUCUUUUGUAUUACCAAAGUUAGAAUUUUAUGGCGCCCAUAAAACAUCUCCGACGGCUUGGAAAUGUAAUUUGGAGAUCGGAACUCUAAAAAUUCCUGUUGCGAUAUACAUUUCAAUUACUGAGGUACAGCCGCUGAACAAGUGGCAUGAUAUUUCAACCUCCUUUGAUCCCAAUAGUGCAGAAGAGUUGCACUCAGUGAGUAAAAAACGGGUCUUGGCUGAUCGCUAUCGAGAAGAAUACAAACUUGAAGAUACUGUUCAAGGCUAUAUGUACGGAAGAAAAUUCAUUCCACUUACUGAAGAAGAUUCGGCUGUUUUAAAAUUACCUUCUGAAGAAAAGUCAUUCAAACUUUAUGGAUUUUCUCCAGAAAAAUUCGUGAAGCUUGAUUAUCGUCACGGAAAAAAAACUCAUGUUAUUUUACCAUUAGAAGGAGCAGAAGAAGAAUUUUUCUGUCUAGUAAAAGCGAUGGCUGACUUGCAACGAGUAGCUCUUGUCCGUAAAAUUUACAAUAGAAACUGUAGCCCUUCAAUGCACAUUCUGUAUCCACAAAUUGGUAAUGGUGAUAAACCAUGGUGCUUUUUCAUGUAUGAAUUAAUCUAUUCGGAAGAACGUCUUAUAAUAACACCACGUUCCUACGACAAUGUGCUCAAAAACAUACGGCAAGAACAAUUAGAUUGUGUUGAUAAGCUAAUAAAUUUAAUGACGCUUGGACAGUCUACUAUUCCUGAAGAUGAAAACAAGACCUAUGAAACUUGUUCCGUAGAAUCUCCAGACUUACAACACAUAUGGAAUACACUAUCAUUAAGAGCAUUUGAUCCAGAAGCACCAAUACCGGAACCCAAAUUGUCUGUAUUAAAGCCUAUCCAACCACCGGAAUGGAAGAAUCCAACUGAAUUAGCAAACUGUAUCACUGAUAUUAUCAGCGCUUAUGAAAUAAAAGACGAACCAAAAAAGACAUUUGAACCUGUUGACAUCAUCGAUGUCUCUCAACUGACGCAGCCACAAACUAUUAAAAAGAAUACUGAGCCUGGAGAUUUUCUUCCACGUCCGAUGGAUGUUGAUUUAGACGCACUGUUCACUGAUUAAGCAGUACCUGGUCAAUUUAUAAGCACAGUUGUUAACUUUUCAUAUAUUUUUAAUAAAAAAAAAUAUUUUUCUAACUUAAA